AUGCAUGGGAUCAUUCGCGCCACAUGGUGGUGCAAAAUGGAAUUUCCUAUGUUUUCAAGCGGAGAACCUGUGGGAAAAUUAGUCAAGAUUUCCUUUCUCCUCCGUGGAAUCCCGAGUGCAAGAGGCGCAAUGAACGCGAAAGUUCAAACCUGCGUCUCGCGAGAUUGCAAUCUUCGUGUGAGCGCAUAUCCGCAUUCGUACCCCUCAAUACCUGUUCCAGCACGAAAGCACUGA